GUGACUUGUCGGACCUACGUGUCGUAGUAAUGCGGAAGGACUUUUGCCAUAUGCAGAAGAUGUGAUCCGGUUUAUUCGUAUCAUUCGUUUACUUUGAGCUGUGACAGUCGUGUGAUUUGAUGGGUACGAGCGAGGACGAGGGCAUGACAACUAAAAAAGAUAAUGAAUCGCAAAACAACGAACGCAAAAAGGCAGUAGGUCAAACAAAGUGGGCCGUUCGUUGUUUUCAAAACUGGUGCUUCGAGCACCUCGGGCAUGUUAUUGACUUUAAUGCGGUCUCAAAAACAGAAUUGAAUGAAAUACUGUGCAAGUUUUAUAUCACGGUGAGAAAUGGGAGAGGGGAAUCGUAUGGAUUCAGUGGGUUUAUGGGUUUGCGAGCAGGGCUCAAUAGACACCUGAGCGAGCCUCCACAGUGUUGGUGUUUAGCGAAGGACCGUGAAUUUAUGUCCAGCAACGGUGUUUUCAUGGGACUAGCAAAGAAACUUCGAAGUGAAACUGACCUGUCAGUGCACCAGAAAACAGAUGGAGAUUUUAUCGAAGUCAAGCGCUGGAAAGUUCUGGAUCCAAGCACACCGGAGGGGUCAACGAUAAUCAUCAAGCAGGACUUGGACGGCAGUCCUACACCUUGUCUCGCUAGCCUUAAGGUGGACGGCAGUCCUACACCUUGUCUCGCUGGCUUUCAGGUGGACCUGUCGGACUCCGACAGCAGUGGAGGAAACUACUUAGUUGCUCAAGUCGGUUUAGAACAUGUGACUGAAUCCUGGGGAACGCCAGACACUCCAGCUCCAUUUAAAACCGAAGAUGAUGAAGGAGGCUCAGACGCCCCGCCAGAGGAGAGCAUCAGUCCAGUUGUGUCCGGCUGGCCCUCCAUUGACGAAUACGGUCCUUACUUAACGGACUCUCAGAUCAUGGGCCGCGUUCGGCAGGAGCGCUUCACUCAGGAGGAGCUGGGCAUCCUGGUGCGCGAGGUCCACGCUCGCUACCACAUCAUCUACGGCAGAGGCGUGUCGCCGGCGGAGACGCGCCGGGCGUGGGAGGAGGUCACGUUGGCGGUCAACAGCACGGGCCUCGGCCACACGAGGACGGCCGCAGGCUGCCAUAAACGCUUCAACGACCUCAAGCGACGUAGCAAGAUGAAGCAGGCCAAUGGAGUCGGCUCGAAGGCAUCGCAAAGGCCAGAGAGUGGACCUGCGGGAGAGGACGCUCAGUCCGCCAGCGUAACAGCUACACCUGUAAUCUCAUCGUUUGAGGGACGCGGAGCUGGACCUGGGGGUGAAGAAGGGGAUCAUGGGAAGGGCGCUGUAGAGGCUCCCAGUUGGUCUCAGGAGUCCUUGAACGUGUGGGCCAGGAGCCUGGACACGCAUCAGCAGGGGGAGAUCGUCCACCGCUCGCGUUUCACCAAGGAGCAGACGGCCGUCCUGCUGUGUGAGAUCAACGCCCGCCGCCACCAGAUUUUCGGAGACGGGCAGCACGCUUCGCGGUCAUCGGCUCGCCGACAGGCGUGGGAAGAGGUGACGGCGACGGUCAACGGUGCUCGCUGUGGCCCCACUAAGACGGCAGCCGCCUGCAUCAAACGCUUCAACGACUUCAGGCGACGCCACAAGAACAAUAAUGCCACCGGCAAACACAUAAUUUCUGUUUUGCAGGGGGGCACAGGAAUGGCUGCAGCGUUCCCUCACACACGCCCCACACACGCGGAAUUCCUCCCGUCAGUGAAAACAGAGCCACAGGAAGGCCCAGAGAACACACUCACAGCCGCAGCCACGACCGAAACAGGAACUGCACCAUCACUUGCAACCAUGCCAGCACUAGCUCCACUCACAACAGCUCAGGCACCAAUGUUCACCCCCACCCCCCCACCAGAACCUGACCCACACCCCACAGUAAAACCAGAACCCACCCCCACACCAGAACCAGAACCCAUCCCCACACCAGAACCCACCCCUACAGCAGAACCCAUCCCCACCCCCCCACCAGAACCUGACCCACACCCCACAGUAAAACCAGAACCCAUCCCCACACCAGAACCAGAACCAGAACCCAUCCCCACACCAGAACCCACCCCUACAGCAGAACCCAUCCCCACACCCACACCAGAACCAGACCCAGACCCCACAGCAACGCCCAUGGCAGCACCCACUGAACCAUCACCCACCCGAGUAUCUGCACCCACAGUCACUGCCACUCCCUCACCAGCACCUCCACCUUCACUGAAUCCCAGAGCAGCUGCAGCACCCAGCACACCAACACUCACACCCUCACCACCUCCAACACCUGCACCACCCACCCCAACACCACCCCCCAAUGAGAGGCCUGCACCACCCACCCCAACACUCACACCCGCACCACCUCCAACACCUGCACCACCCACCCCAACACCACCCCCCAACGAGAGGCCUGCAGCUGGAGCAGAGGAUGGGCCCAGCGGGGCCGAUGGAGCUUCCGUCGGUCCCCCAGAGGGAGGCAGCACGGGUGGUGAGUGUGUAUGUGCGGGGCGGAGGCGGUGGGAGUCGGAGCUGCUGGAGGUGCAGCGUGGAGGCCUGGCGGUGCUGCAGGGGGAGCUGGGAGCUCUGCGCCGCGGCCUGGACACGCGCCUCCGCAGGAUGGAGAGCCGCACGCACCCCCUCCUGCUCUCCGUCAGCCGCAGCCUGGAGAGGAUCGCCAGCGCCAUGGAGCGCAACGCCCACGCCACCGUCCCUCCAGACACACACACGCCGCCCAGGACGCCAAGGGGCAGGGCUGUGGUGGAGCGGCCGGCUGCUAGCCAAUCCCGUGGUUCCUACCAACUACAAGGUCGCAAGCGCAAAAGAGGUAGACGCACCUAACAAUACGACUCUGCAACACUGACGAAUGGAGACACAAAACAUGACGCUGCAGAUAUACGACUCACCACUGAGACUAAUGGAGACACAAAACAUGACACUGCAGAUAUACGACUCAACACUGAGACCAAUGGAGACACAAAACAUGACACUGCAGAUAUACGACUCACCAACACUGAGACCAAUGGAGACACAAAACAUGACGCUGCAUAUAUACGACUCACCAACACAGAGACCAAUGGAGACAAAACAUGACACUACAGACAACCAUGGCUUUCAUUGCAAAAUUAUCAUGUUGCAAAAUAAAAGCAUUAUUAUGAUGAGCAAA